GUGCCGCUGCACCCCAAGCCCCACCACCGUCCACCACCAUAAAACACCCGCACACCACCACUCUCACUCUCGCAGUCGCAGCAACCAACUCGGUCGGUCCGCGCCCGCCCGCCCGCCCGCCUCCGUUGGCCAUUUGAAUGUGAGAAAGAGAGGGACCAGUGAUCCGUCGUCGGUCGCCGGCCAUGCCGAGAUCCUCCUCCAGCCCCGGCUCCGGCUCCAAGCGCAUCCUGGGGAGGGCGAUGGCCGCGAUCCUGGCGCUGCCGCUGACCCCGAUCACCAAGGCCAAGCUCGGCCUGCUGCUCUUCAAGAAGCGCGCCUCCGCCGCCGCGGGCAGGCGCCGCUGCUACAAGCCGUUCCGCCACUACAACUACGCCUACGUGGGCGAGUACCAGUUCUCGCCCUCCCGCUCCCCGCUGCUCCCGGCCCCGCCCCCCGGCGUCACCACCUGGCGGAGGGCCGCCGCCGCCGCCGCCAGGAGGCGCCGGGGCAGGGCCAGGAUGGUCCUCGCCUCCCUCUUCUGUGGCGGCGGCGGCGCCGACGAGCUCGACGUCGCCGUGCUGGACGGCCUCGCGCGUCGCACCGACGGGCGCGCGGAGAGGGACCAGCUGGUGGUGCUCGCCCCGGCUCUCGAGUGGGCGCGCGGCCGCGACGACGGUGCAGCCUACGCCUGCAGCAGCAACGACGAGGAUGAGGAGGUGGCGGUUGUGGACUACGGGGAGGAAGGCGACGUGGAAGUGGACGACCGCGCCGAGCGCUUCAUCGAGCGGUUCUACCAGGAGAUGAGGCUGCAGAGGCAGCGCUCUCUGGUCCAGCGCCUGCUCUAGAGACAUUCGUCCGUUGCUGCUGCUUCAAUUCCUUGGUCGAUCGGGCAGAACCAGUCGUGGUUGUCGCUGCUAUCUUAGCUGCACUUCGGUUAAAUCUCUCCGUAUCUUGCAUUUGCGUCGUUCCAUGUUUUUUUGCUUCUCAUGUGGCAAUUCUCUUGUCUGUGGAAGGAGACAUUCGUCUCCCCUGCUGUUGUACUGUUACUUCUAGUCCUUACCUAUAUAAUCCAUCCUUGUGUUGCAAUGUUCAUUUUUUUUUGGGGGGUAGUGUUUUGAGUUUGUACAAUUAUUACAAAGCAUGCGUGCUACACACCUGUUUCUAUUAGCAC